AUGUGGUUUGAGGAACGAAGUUGGUCAAAUCUGAAGAUGUCUUCAUUAAUUGUCGAAGAGUGGAGAGAUCUUUGGUCGACAAAAGUUGAUCUAUUUGUUGCAUUGCUUUCAUACGUUUUUGCAACAACAAAUUUCCUCAAUUUACCACGUCUAAUUUUUGAUAAUGGUGGAUUAGCUUUCGUAUCGGCAUAUGGAACGGCUCUGAUUGCAUGCGUAUUUCCGCUUAUAGUUAUGGAAUUGACCGUUGGUCAGUUAACGGGUCGUGCUCCGCCGUUAGCUAUAUAUAAUCUUUGCCCGUUGUUUAAAGGUGUUGGUGUGGCGCAAGUAACGUUCUCGUUGAUUUUGAUCUCACAUUUAGCUCGCUUUCUAGGCUGGUUACUUAUUUACUUUGGUUAUCUUAUAUGGGCAGUCUUAGCCGAACGUCCUGGUUUACCGUGGUUGAAUUGUGGAACAUAUCCGGAGUUUAAUGAAUUGUCAUGUCGUGAAGCUGGACUAAUUACAAACACUUCAUUGGAAGGUGCAAGUAAACUAUGUGUUCUCGAAAAGGAAUCCUCACUCUAUCAGUUUAUGAAAACAUUCGAUAAACCUUCGUCUAGUAUAACAGAAGUUGGUGUUUUCCAGCCAUAUAUACUUGGUUCGUUUGGUCUUGUUUGGAUACUUGUUUUUGUUACUAUCUGCUUUGGAGUCAGAUGGUUAGGCAAGGUAAUUCAUUUUACGUUUAUUACUCCAUUAGUGCUUCUUGCAAUUAUUAUGGUACGAGCUCUAACAUUAACUGGAGUUAUGGAGAUCUUACAAGAAGUCUACGAUUUAACUGAUUGGCAAAGGAUGGCAGACUAUAAUAUGUGGAAGGUUGCUGUAGAGCAAGCGUUUCUAGCCACCGGAGUUGGUUUUGGUGCUUUUAUGACAAUCGCUUCUUACUGUAAACGAUCAAACAAUUUAAUUGGUGACUCUUUGCUGGUCAUGUUUGGUCAUUGUGUCCUGACAAUGAUGCAAGUUCUAACAACUUUUGGCCUGAUUGGUUUUGUCCGGUAUCGCACCGGAAUCUCAGCUGUAGAUCUUCUCGAACGAGGAGAAGCCCAGAUGUGGUAUCUAUUAUCGUAUUUGAAACAUAUACCAGAUGUUCGGAUUUGGACAGGAAUUCUCUUAGUGCUGUUUAUUUUUGCACUUUUAAACAUUUUUUACUUACUGUCUUUGAACGCUCUAUCGUCUUUUGAAGACGCCUUUGGAGAGAAAUGGUCAAAGUGCUUUCCACGUUUCUGUUUAGCUUUCCUUGUUUGUUGCUUAGGAUGCGUUUUUGGGCUUUACUACACAACACAGGGCGGUUAUUAUGUUCAUAAACUUGCUUCACUGUACAUGGGACAAGUGACUUUAUGGAUUAUAAUAUUCUUUGAAACGUUGGCGAUUGGAUGGUUUUACUGUGCGUUUAAACUGGGCAAAGACUUACGUAGUAUGCUUUCUAACUCAUGUUCUUGGUGCUUUGGUUACUUCCUGUUGCUUUUUGUUUACCUGUUACCAGUUGUACCAAUUGGCAUUCUGGUGCUCAACUUGCAAAAAUACGACGAUUCAAGUAUGGAUAGUAAGAUUACUGGAUGGAAGUACUCGGAACUUGUUGGUUGGGGUAUCAGUUGUUUACCCCUUUUACCAAUUCCAUUAUAUAUGACGCUUAUACUAUACAAAAUUUGUUCUCAAGGGCCUGGUGUAACAAAAAUGCAGAGGCUGAAAAAUACAAUGUCUUCGCCGUUACAAUUUGAUGUAGUAAAAUCAUCGAACAGCACAGUACCGCGAUAUACCAGUACCGCUCCUGGAUACGUUUUACUACCACAAGCGCCUUUGGCAGAACCGGAAAACUAUACUGAUGUAAGAGUCUGA